CCUCCUCCCCCACCAGCACCAGCAAACCCAAACCCCAUCCCAACCCCCUCAAACCCCACUCCCGAGAAAUCCACCGCCCAAACCGCCUUCACAGCAACCCUCCUCUCCGUCGGCAGCACCUACGAAGCGCCGCUCCGCGAACGGACCCAAACGCUGCACGCGAAUGCCGCGGCCCUGCAGCGCCAGGAGACCGAGCUGGCGCGCACCACGGCGGACCUCGCGCGCCUGAAUAGCCAGUGGGCGGGGGUCGCGGAUACGGCGCGCAUCGGGCUCAAGGAGAUCGGCGACGUGCAGAAUUGGGCGGAGGUUAUUGAGAGGGAGCUUUUGGUGUUGGAGGAUGUUGUUUCUAGGGUUGAGGGGGGAGAUAGUGAGGAUGGGGAGGGGGAGGGGAGGGGGAGGGGGAGGGGGAGGGGGAUGAAAGGGAGGGAGGGGAAGGGGAAAGGGAAGGGGAAGGGGAAGGAUAUAGGUGGAGAAAGAGGCAAAGGGUGGUUUCGGUGGUGGUGA